AUGACAUGCAGCCACUUCAAGGAAGUGUUCUUUAAGAGAUACUUCCCUGCCUCUACACGUGAUGCUAAGGCGGAUGAGUUCUUUGUUUUGACACAGGGAGAUAUGACAGUGCAGGGGUAUGUUGUUUGGUAUAUAGAGCUAUCCCGUUUCGCACCAUGCUUGAUCUUGAAUGAGUACGAGAAGGCUCGAAGUGUGAUCGAGAUCGGCAUCCGGGAGGAUGAGGUGGAUCAGGAAUCGAAGAAGAGACCAGUGUCAUCUGGUUCUCGUCAGGGAUCAUGGAAGAAGAGGAACCAGGGCUUGGGUUACCAUCAGAAUACCGAGUGUCAUGGUUCGCAGGUGGAUCAGUCACCCGAUCAUUGUAUCAUGUGCCAUAGAUGGCAUGAUGGCGAGUGCCAGUUGUUUGGGGGUAAUUGUUACAGUUGUGGUAGAUCAGGCCACCUGGCUCGUGACUGCCGCGCACCGAAGAGAGACACACUUGCAUCCAGUGUGAAUUGGGGUAGCAACCAGAUAACUCAGGGAACCAUCCAGGCGAAUACAGCUCCGACGAGGGUAUAUUCUCUUACUCCAACAGAUGCUGACCGUGCGAGGAAUGAGGAUAUUAGGAGGUUGCCCAGUGGAAAUCCAGGGAAGGUUGCUAUUGGCGAAUCUUAUGGUGUAUGA